AAAACAAAAGUUUAAGAUACCAAAGAUUCAAUUUUAAUAUUGUUCCAAGAUAAAUAGGUAGGGACCUACAUAAUAGGUCAUUACAUAUUAUCAAGUUACGUACUACUUAAAUUAUGUAAUGAAUCAUUGUUUGUUAAGUUAUUUUUGCUAUUAGAUGGCAAUAAAUAGUUUUUUUGUUUAUCUAGUUUAGUUCAUGACUCACGUCACCCUUGACCCUCUGCAAUGGGAUAAAAUGUGUGGCCCAAUAAUAGCUUCAGUCCGUACCUACCCAGUUUAGUUCAGUUGCGCGAACAUCGUACGCCGCACGCUCCUGUGUCGACAUGAAGCUCUCAAUAAUUGUGUUUACAUUAAUUGUUCUCACACACUGCAGCGAAGGCCGGUACGCCGACUGGUUUCCUCAAAACAUAGUCAAUACUAUAACAAACAAAACAUCUCAAGUGACUAAUUAUGUGCGUUCAAAGGGGCGCAGUUUAAAACAAUUCUACGUCGAAAAUGUAAGAAACAGGAUAACUUCUUAUCUCGGCUUCAACAAUCACUCCGAAAUUCUAAGUGAUAACCAAGCGAGGAUAAAAAGAAAGUUUAAGGACUAUGUAGACGAAGCUGAAGCGAAGGAUCAAAUGGUUUUCGACGUUAUCGCUCCAAAAAAACUUGAAUAUAAUUGCAAUGAUGACGAUCCCAGUAUACAAAUGACGACUCCACAACUGAUAGCAUUACACGGGUAUGUUUCAGAAUCACAUACUAUUGUCACUGAGGACGGAUAUAUUCUUACAGUACACAGGAUACCUUAUUCACGAAAUGCUACAAGCAGAGUGAGUCCUCGAAAAACAGUUCUGUUACACCACGGUCUUCUCGGCAGUUCAGCGGAUUGGAUCUUAGCGGGACCCGAGAAAGGUCUUGCCUACAUUCUGUCUGAGGCAGGCUAUGAUGUCUGGCUGGCUAACGUCCGUGGGAAUACAUAUUCCAGAGCACACAUGUCAUUGAACGCCGAUACUUUUGCCUUUUGGAAUUUUACAUUCCAUGAAGUCAGCCAACACGACUUGCCCGCGGUGAUAGAUUAUAUCAUGGAUGUGAAAGGAUGGGAUGUGAAAAUAAACUACGUCGGCCACUCAAUGGGGACUACGAUAUUGUUUGCGAUGCUCUCCACGAAGACGCAUUACAAUAAAGUUUUGAGAGCCGGGUUCGCGUUAGCUCCGGUUGCCUUCAUGACCGAUAUCAAGAGUCCGAUCCGUUUACUUGCGAAAUACAGUGAUAAUUUGGAAUAUCUGUUGAAAAUUCUCGGCGCCAACGAAUUUUUACCUCAAAACUCUGUCCUCCGGUGGCUCUCGAAGCACGCUUGUGAAAUAAAUCAUUAUGAGGAAGCGAUUUGUGAGAAUUCGAUGUUCGUUUUGUGUGGCCACGACGCGCAGCAGUUCAAUCGGAGUCUUCUGCCGAUUAUACUGGGCCACGUCCCUGCUGGAGCUUCAACCAAAACAUUGGUGCAUUAUGCACAGGAGAUUAAAAACGCUGGGCGAUUCCAGCAAUUCGAUUACGGGCCUGAGGGAAAUUUAAGAUGGUACGGCACAUCAGUACCCCCAGAAUAUCCUCUGCACAAAAUCACGUUACCAAUUGCCCUGUUCGGUGCCGAGAAUGAUUGGCUAGCGAGUGAUACCGAUGUCACAAACUUGUACGUCCAAUUAGCUAAUCCAAUCGAUCAUUACAUAGUACCGCUAAAGGAGUUUAACCACGUUGAUUUUAUGUGGGCGAUAGAUGCACCUAAACUCGUUUAUGACAAACUGUUACAACUUUUGGAGGAAGGUGUUAGCAAGUCAUAUUUUAAUAAUGAUAUAAGCCAUAAUAAUUUAGAUGACUAGUAGAUGUUAAACUAUUUUAUAAGUUCCUAAUUGUAUUUUAUAAGAACCUUGAAAAUGAAUUAUAGGUAAAUACAGCUAUUACAGUA